AUUUUUUUCACCGACGUAUGUAGCUACUGUAUCCACCGCGCUCUGCAGUUCCUCUGUUUGCUCGUAUGAGAACCUCGUGCGCAGACUUUUUCACGACCACAAGAUCAAGCAAAGGUGCGGAAGGUCCUACUGGUGUGCUAAACACGUCAGCCUGUCUUUAGGGUCUCUGAGACUGGAGGAGGUCAGGAGUCCAACUGUACAGCAGGCACUGAUGGGCAUCAGCACCACGACUGGUAACAAGAUAGAGAUGGCAGAUAGUUCAGCUGGACAUCAUCCUAUAUGAGUAUCCAAGCAGACAGCAUAUUAAGAGCACAGCGAGUCUGUCUACUCCAGUAUGGCCCUGACAUAACACCCUGUACAGCUGUACACGACUCCACUUUACUGCUCAUUUAGCACACACUGCACUGAGGCUGUCAAGUCAUAGCCAUUAAAUCAUUCAAUCUGAACAGCUGGAAAUUGAUUUUGGCAAUGAUAUUUCUGGGCUUUCCCAUUUCACAUGGCCAUACACAGAGGUGUCUAAUGGCCUCCAGCUCAGGGCUGUCCAUGUGAGAAGGGAAUCUGAGAAGAGAAGGACAUACACUUAAAGAGAGAGAAGAGUUUUCCACAGAGCAUGGCCUCUGCCAAAGAAGAUGGCGUGGAUGGAAGAACGGUGGACAUUAAAGAAGAGGACUGUGAGCGGCUCACACCAGAGGAUAUGAGUGUGAAGCUGGAGGAUAACGAAGAAAGAAUUUCAGAUUUUAAAGAGGAGGAGGAGUGCAAGGGGGUGACUGCUGCCAUUAAAUUUGAGGAUUUGAAUGAUUUCUCCGUUGGUCUUGAACUUCAAAAGCAUGAAACCGAGGAUAUUUUCAAACAAGAUGCCUGUGAAGAAUCUCCAUCCAGUUUACAGCCCUGGUCCACGAAUACGGGACGACUGGCUACGCAGGAGAAUUUGGCAGAGCUGAAAUCAGAGUUAUCAGAGUCUGAAGAGAAAAUCACAGAGGGAAAUGGGAGAGAAGGAGAAGAGUCACCUGGGAGUGUUGGAAUAAAUGUACAGAAGAAUGGCAGCUUCUCUCCACCUUCAUUUGGUCAGCCCUCUCUUCAGUACAAAGAGAAAGGUAGGAAGAAAUCAGCAAGAGGAUCAGAGAACCUGACAGCAGCCUUUUUGCAGUGCAGUUCUCUCCCUGCUACUGGAGUAACACAGACAGAAGCCAUCAAAACUGAUCGACAGCAAGUGGAGAAAGAAAUCCAAAUUCAUACUGGAGAUAAAUGUUUGGAAUGCGGCAAACAAUUCACACACAAAAGUGAUCUUAAUGAGCAUAUGAAGAUUCACAAUGGAGAAAAAACAUACUGUUGUCAUGAAUGUGGUAAGUCGUUCUCAAGUAGAAGCAUUCUUCAGACGCACAGAAGAAGCCACGCAGGAGAAAAACCUCAUUGCUGUCCAGAAUGUGGCAAGUCAUUCUCAUGGAGAAGCCAUCUUCAGAGACACAUAAUAAUCCACACAGGAGAAAAACCUCAUUGCUGUUCAGAAUGUGGUAAAUCUUUCCAAAGCAUAAGCUAUCUUCAGAACCACAGAAAAAGCCACACAAGAGAUAAACCUUAUUGUUGUCCAGAAUGUGGCAAGUCAUUCUCAUGGAGAAGCCAUCUUCAGAACCACAGAAGAAUCCACAAAGGAGAAAAACCUCAUUCCAGUUCAGAAUGUGGUAAGUCGUUCUCCUGUAAAAGCGAUCUUCAGAACGACAGAAGAAUCCACACAGGAGAAAAACCUCAUUCCAGUUCAGAAUGUGGUAAGUCGUUCUCCUGUCAAAGCGAUCUUCAGAACGACAGAAGACGCCACAAAGGACAAAAACCUCAUUGCUGUUCCGAAUGUGGUAAGUCGUUCUCAUAUAAAAGUGUUCUUAAGACGCACAGAAGAAUCCACACAGGAGAAAAACCUCAUUACUGUCCAGAAUGUGGAAAGUCGUUCUCAUGUAUAAGCUAUCUUCAGAACCACAGAAGAUGCCACACAGGAGAAAAACCUCAUUGCUGUCCAGAAUGUGGUAAGUCGUUCGCAUGGAGAAGCCAUCUUAAGAACCACAGAAGAAUCCAUACAGGAGAAAAACCUCAUUGCUGUCCAGAAUGUGGUAAGUCAUUCUCAUGGAGAUGCAAGCUUCAGAGCCACAGAAGAAUCCACACAGGAGAAAAACCUCAUUCCUGUUCAGAAUGUGGUAAGUCGUUCUCAUGGAGAAGCCAUCUUCAGAACCACAGAAGAAUCCACACAGGAGAAAAACCUUAUUGCUGUCCAGAUUGUGGUAAGUCAUUCUCAUGGAGAUGCAAUCUUCAGAGCCACAGAAGAAUCCACACAGGAGAAAAACCUCAUUCCUGUUCAGAAUGUGGUAAGUCAUUCUCAUUUAAAAGCGAUCUUCAGAACCACAGAAGACGCCACACAGGAGAAAACCCUCAUUGUUGUCCCGACUGUGGUAAGUCGUUCUCAUCUAAAAGUGUUCUUAAGACGCACAGAAAAAUCCACACAGGAGAAAAACCUCAUUGCUGUUCAGAAUGUGGUAAGACGUUCUCAAGGAGAUCCUAUCUUCAGACCCACAGCAAAAUCCACACAGGAGAAAAACCUUAUUGUUGUCCAGAAUGUGGUAAGUCGUUCUCAAGGAAAUGCCAUCUUAAGACACACACAAAAAUCCACACAGGAGAAAAACCUUAUUGUUGUCCAGAAUGUGGUAAGGUCUUCUCAUGUAUAAGCUAUCUUCAGAGGCACAGAAAAAUCCACACAGGAGAAAAACCUUUUUGCUGUCCAGAAUGUGGCAAACAAUUUUCUGACAUACGCAAUUUUCAGAGGCACACAAAAAAUCAUACUGGAUUGAAGCCAUGUUGAUGUUCUAAAUGUGGAAACAGUUUUUUCAACAUUCGCUUUUUUCAAAUACACACACAACCUUGCAUGGAAGAGAAAAUGCAGUAUGUAUGUUCUGAAUGUGGCAAAUGUUGUACAAGACAGAAAAUCUUUAUAGACCCACCAAAAUCCAUACUGAAGAAAAAUCUUAUUGCUCUUCUGAAUGAGGGAAAUGAUACUUAGAUUUAUCCUCACUUCAGUACCACAUUAGAACUCCUGUGGGAGAGAAACCUUAUUUUUGUUCUUAAUUUGAUAAGCAGUUCUCACAAUUCAGCACCCUAAAAAGUUGCAUCAGAAAUCACAUUUGAGAGAAACCACACGUUGCUUGGAUUGUGGCAAACGAUUCUCAUGCGUCAAUUCUCUUUAUAAUCAUUGGAGAAAUCAUACUGGAGAGAAGCCUUACAGUUGUACUGAGAGUGGAUUGCGAUUCUCAUAUAACAGUUCUCUUCAAAAACAUAAAAUAAUUCAUUUUCAUUUGAACCAAACUAUUCUGACUAUGGCGAGCUUUUCUCAGACAGCACAACUCUUAAACACCACAUGAGGAUUCACUCUGGAGAAAAACCCUAUUGCUGGUCAGAAUUUGGCAAACAAUUGUCAUGUCCUAGCGCAUUUAGAAACAGGAUCCACACUGGAGAGAAGCAGUACACCUGGUCUGAAUGUGGAACAGAGUACUCUUCCAAAAAAAGUUUUCGGAGACACACACAAAGUCAUAUUGGAGUAAAGCCUGUCGGAGCAAUGACAAAUGAUCUUUCCACUGGCUUCUCAAACAAAAAAAUUGAAGAAAAAUCUUCUGCAUCUGGUAAGGAACUUCAGUUUAAAGUAGUUAAUAAGUAUAUAAUAGUGGAGAAAACACAGAAAGUGGCAAACAGAUCGUAGAUGUAAGGUAACCUCAGAGCCACCUGUGAAUACACACUGGAAUACAACACAUAUUUCACAAACAGCAAGAAUCUUCUUCAACAACUUAUAGGUGCAAGAAAAAAUGUCAUUGUUGUCCUAAAUGUGGUUAACGCUUUUCAGACAGCAGUGGCCUUCAUAUUCAUAAAUGACUGGCCUACUUGUGGUAAGCCUCUUAGCUGUUCUGAAUGUUGAAAGUGGUCCUCCUGUAUCAGCCAUCAACAGCAACAUGUAAGAUUUCAUGAAGGACUCAGAAACUGUACUACCAGGACGUCGGCCAUACAGGGACUGAUCAUCUCUGCACCGGUGCUGUGACAUAAGAUGGUGAACAAUAUAAACACCAGACAACAGAAUGAGGUAGCAACAGUACUGUGCGGUGAUAACAACUUCAACCACAGAACACAACUGAAACAGUUCAAUGUAAUAAUGAAAAAAUGGAGAAGUGAAAUCAAGUCCACAGUGUAGUGCCAACUACUAGGAGGUACCACUGACAACAAGGGAAUAUUUUUGUUUCAGAGGUUUGGAGAUGGGGCCUUAUCUGAGUAGCAAUGAACUUGUACCAUCUCUGGGAUGUCAUCUGAUGGCUGACACCUGGUCUGAGUGCAGACAGCCGUUCUUAACCCUGAUAAUGAAGAAGUCAUUUAGUGACGUCAGCUGACAGCCACUGCUGUCCAAUCAGAUAUGGGGGAGGGACAGUCGAGGAGGACAGGAGACUAAAAAGAGAGCCGUCACAUGACAGACCAAUGUAGAGGGGCUUUAUAAGACUUUUACACUAAUUUAGGUUAUCGUUUAUAAACAAUAAGAGUCUUUACAAACCAAACACAUUAAUCGGCGGUG